ACAGAGCUGAAGGUGAUGCAGCAGUAUGCAGUGGAUGUGACUCUGGAUCCUGAUACAGCUCAUCCUGAACUCAUUCUGUCUGAUGAUGGAAAACAAGUGAGAUGUGGAGACAUUAGACAGAAACUCCCAGACAAACCAGAGAGAUUUGAUCCAUGUCCCUGUGUCUUGGGAAAGGAGGGAUUCUCGUCAGGGAGAUUUUAUUUUGAGGUGCAGGUGAAGGGAAAGACUGAAUGGGAUUUAGGAGUGGCCAGAGAAUCCAUUAACAGGAAGGGAGCGAUCACACUGAGACCCAGUGAUGGAUACUGGACUGUGGCUCUGAUGAAUGGAGAUGAAUAUGAAGCCUGUGAUGGUCCUUCUGUCUCUCUGUCUCUGAGAGUGAAGCCGCAGCGGGUCGGUGUGUUUGUGGAUUAUGAGGAGGGUCUGGUCUGCUUUUAUGAUGUGGAGUCCAGCUCUCAUAUCUACUCUUUCACUGCUCAGUCUUUCACUGAAAAACUCUAUCCAUAUUUUAGCCCAUGCUUUAAUGAUGGAGGUAAAAACUCCAGCCCACUGAUCAUCACACCUGUCAGUUAUAAUAAAUGAAUUUACACUCCUAAUAUGAAAUACAAGAUUAAAAUAAUGAUUUUUAAAAGUA